CAGUUUUCAAAGGCGGCAUCGCACGCGCCCACCGAUCGCGGUCGAAAGCACGACAAAAUGAAUUCGAGUUUCUAAAUUUGAAUUAUUAAAUACAUUUUUUUUUGUAAUUCGUAAUUCGUACUUAUUGGACAUUUUUUGUUUUAUUUUUUUUUUAAUUAAGAAAAUGUUCGUUCAUAAAAAUUUAUCGAGUGUUUUCGUCAUUGUAUCGCUGGUUUUACUAGCUAAUGCCCAGAAGCCAGGCAAUGUCGAUGUUCGCGAGCUGUCCAGGCAGAACAAAAUAACUCAGCAGAUUCUAGAGGCCUACAUUCAAAAGAAGCUGGGUCUAGCGAGUACAAAUGUUAGGGCGCCGUCCAUUUUCGAUAUACUACCAAUGAAGAAGACCGAAGACCGACCGAUACGCGAGUCAUCAGCUAACAGUAGCACCGACACAUCAGACUACAAUUACCAAGAACAAUCAGACGUUCCUGAAAACCAGGAUUACGUUGAGGACGACAAUUUACAAACUGUUGAAAGCGAACAGAUUGAUUCGAUAUAUCCAGAAGGAAGGAGUAAGAAAUACGCCGGUCACACAUACGAAAAUGAACUAGAACCGGGAUAUCAUUGUUCGAGUUGCAACGAAGACGAAUUGGGCGUGACGCGAUGGACAAUGCCUUUACUCAAGUCCGGUGAAAAGAGAUACUAUCUAGGGAUAUUUUUUAAGGCUAACUGGUUCAAAGCACAACAAUACUGCAGAUUCCACGGCAUGCACCUCGCUUCGAUUUCGUCACAAGAAGAGAAUGACAGAUUAGAAAAAUAUGUCCGUGAAUCAGGUUACGGCAAAGAACAUUUCUGGACAUCGGGUACUGAUUUGGCUGAAGAAGGCAGCUUCUUCUGGCUGGCUAACGGCAGACCUUUGACUUUCGUCAAUUGGAAUGCUGGAGAACCAAAUAACUUCAGAUAUGAAAACGGAGAAGAGGAGAACUGCCUGGAACUCUGGAACAGAGAUGACAAAGGUUUGAAAUGGAAUGACUCACCAUGCUCGUUCGAAACCUACUUCAUCUGCGAAGUCCGAACCGAUUAACAGGGUUGUUGAGAUUGCAUUAGACACAUGUAAAAUAUUUAAUAACAUUAUAAUAUCAAUUUGUUAAGUACAAACUCAUUGUAUACAAGGUCACAACGAAAUAAGUUAGAUGGAAACAGAUUAAAAAUCAUGAACAUUUUGUUGAAAUCUGUCAAAUAGAAUGUCAUUUAGUCGCCAUUUUUGUUGCGAUAAAAGACACAGUGUGCUAGAAAUUCAAAUGCCUUUUCUAUUUUUAUAUGAAAAAUGUUAUUUAAAAAUCUUUUUAUAUAUUUUUAUUGCAAUCCAAGAAUUAUGACGUGGUUCGUUAUUAAAAAUUAUUUAUUUUAUAAUGUUGGCCGAAAUAAUAUGUAUAUAGAUAUACAAUCAAUAAAUAAAACAUAAUUUGUAAGAAACGGUCACUGCCUAAUGAUCUUUUUAUUUCAUAAUCUGGACAAAGGUCCAAGGACUGUCGUCCAUAGUCAAACAUAGUGGUAAAUACAAUAGUUACCUUAGCAAUAACUGUAAAAAUAGAUGUAAGGGUCAAAAAUAAA